AUGGAAAAUAUAAAUCAAAAGGAAGAAAGCAUUACAGUUGCUGUAAGAAUAAGGCCUAUCAGCCAGCUUGAGCUUUCUUCAGACUCCACAAUUUCAUGAGAUGUCGCAGGUCCAACAACCAUAAAAGAAAGCAAUGGUAAUCGGCUGUAUAUUUUUGACAAGGUUUACGAUGAAACUACAAGCAAUAACCUUAUUUUUGAAGACCUUUGUGAAAUCAUGAUAUGAAGGGCAAUGGAAGGCUACAAUAAUUGCUUGCUUUGCUAUGGAGAAACAGGAAGUGGGAAAACAUUUACUAUGCAAGGCAAUCGCAAAGACCCAGGGCUAGCUUUUUUAAGCAUUGAUACAAUUUUUGCAUAUAUGCAAUAUGCGACUACAAAAGAGUUCAUAAUUCGCUGUUCUUAUGUCGAAAUUUAUAAUGAAAGCAUAAAUGAUUUAUUGAACCCCAAAGGUCUAAAUCUCCAAAUAAAAGAAGACAAAAAGGUAAAAUUCAUUCAGAAUGGUAUCAAAAUAGCCAAUGCAACUGAAGAAGUCUGCCACUCUGUAGCCCAAAUACAUUCUUUGCUUGCUUUAGGAGAAGCUCAUAAGCAGUUUUCAGGGACAAAAAUAAACCCAAAUGGCUCUAGUUCGCAUUGCAUGUAAGCAUUAUCACAGAUUCAGUAUCAUAAUAGAAUCAAAGCUAAGAAGCUCUGAAUCUGAAAUAUUCGCGAUUUCUACGCUAAAUUUAAUAGAUUUAGCAGGAAGCGAAGGAAGCGGCAUGAAUAUCCAAUCCACACUUGCAAGCAAAAAUAGAGAAAUGAAGCAUAUCAAUAAAGUGAGAUAUAUAUAGAGCUUAAUUACUCUAGGGACAGUUAUAAUGAGACUAAGUGAUAAAGCAAACACUGUGCAUAUUCCUUUUAGAGACAGUAAAUUAACAAGGCUUUUAAAAUCAUCUCUAGAAGGAAGUGCAAAAAUUUUAUUAAUUUGUAAUAUAUCACCAUGCUCACAAAAUUAUGACGAAAGCUUAUCUACUCUCAAAUUUGCUCAGAGAGCAAAAAAAAUAAGCCAGGUUUUAUCAAAGAAUAAUUUUGCAGAAGGAGACUCUUUAAUUCUUGAAAUUUAUAAAGAUAUUAGAGAAUUAUCUCUAAAGCUAUGUGAAAUAGAAACAAAAAUAUCAUUAAUUCCAAUCAUAAAUGAUGCUGAAGAAGAAUCACCUCUAAGAGAGCACAGUCCUGUGAGAAAAGAGCAUUCAGGGGUUGAAAGCUUAAUUAAAGAAAAACUCCAACUUCAAAACAGCUUAGAAAGACUAUCUUCUAUGAUCAUAAACUCAGAAAAACUAGCUGUUAACAAUAAAGAUGAGAUUAAUGAUAUUAAUGAAUUUGCUGAGAUUAGUAUUAAAAACCAAGAAAGAAGAAGAACGCGAUUAUCAAUUAUGAAAGAUUCCAGCCCCCGAUAAUAAAAGAGAGAGAGAGAGAGAUUAGUUAGAGAGGUUAAGCGGGGAUUAUUUCAGCCCCUAGCCAGUCGGACUUCAGCUUCGUGCUUCAUGUGGCACUAAGCACUAAAGCCACCUACCGCCCUUUUUCUUCGGAGCCAUCAAAAAUGGUGACGUCCUCAGUCUGUCGGGGAGACUCACCCGACCCUGCUGGAUCAAAAAAUUUUCGGCAAGGACUCUCUUAACCCCUGGUGGUGCUCAGGGUAUGAGAGGAUCGUCCAUUGUCUUCUUCUGGAACCACCUGUGCCAUUCGCAGGCACCAUAAUGCUCCUCCAGAAGUGCUUGAUUGAUGUUGCGCCGUCGGUAUCUUGUCUGUGGGUCGAGGGGAAGCCCAGUCAGCCCAAGCCUGCACCCCACCCCAGAGAAUUGCCAUCUGCGACCCCUUGGCCUUCCGCCGUUUUAUUUUUUUUUUGCACGGCCGAAUUCUGGGAUUUUUUUUUUGCUGUCGCCGAGCCAAAAUGGAUUUCCAUCUUGCAAGAUGGAAAUUCUCGAUAAUAAAAGAAGAAUCCAAGUUUCAAGAAAAAGUUGCGAGAUCCCGUCAAAGGCACGAAAAUUCUAUCGUCAUAAAAUCAAGAAAAAACACCUUAGAAGCAGACAUAAAAGUUCCAGAUAUUUCUUUUGAAGUAGGUCGAAAAGAAACAUAUCUGCUUGACAGUGUUGAUGAAUUCUUAGAGUUUCAAGAAGCUCAAAGAGCGAAAGAGUUAAACAAUAAAGGACAAGAAAAUAUUGAGGACUUAAAUAAAUCAAGCCUAGUUCUUAUAGUUGAUGAACAAGAUAUUCUUAUUUCAGACAUGGAAGGAAUGCUAAAAGAGAAAGAUAACCAGAUUUCGGUAUUGAAAGAUGAGCUGGAACUGUGUAGAUCUAAUAUGGCUAGAAUGCAGCAGCAGAUUAAGGUACUUAAAGAGCAACGAAAAGCGAUUUAA